CACUGCGUGCUAUAGAUCUCAUUCCUGUAUUAGUCUACAUUCUGACGUUGACAGGCAAGGAGCGCGGGUUUUGUAAAAAAAAAUAUUGAAAAAAAAAAUAUUUUGUUUGUGAUAUAAAGUGAGUUGGCGUUGAUUGAAUAUGAACCACUUAUCAGACUCCCCACUAAACAAGACUGAUCUUACGAAAGACAAGAUGCAGGUCUGGAUGGAGAGCCAGGUGAAGGGAGAGAGAGCCAAGGUGGACGUGUACGGGAAACCUUCGGAGAAGCAGGUCAAGGAACUGGAGAAUGUCAGGAACCUGAGUAAAGAGUUACAGGAUAAUUUACAUGAGCUGGAGAACUCAGUCCGCAUAGCCGACGCGGAGAACCAAGCGAUGACGCCCACAGCACCAAUCUUGGACUACUCCGAAGACCACGAAUUCGUCUCCGCCAAUAAGCUGGACAACUAUUACAGCGAAGAAGACAAGGCGGACUCCGCGGAGGCGGAGAAGUCCAAACUGACCAAGGGUAAUGGGGCCAGGACUGAGAUACAGCAAUUUUAUAAGGAUCAGAGUGUGUUUUUGACGGGAGGCACCGGGUUUUUGGGCAAAGUUAUAAUUGAAAAACUGCUGCGAUCCUGCGGCGAUAUAGACACGAUAUACGUGCUGAUCCGGAGCAAGAAGGGGAAGGAUGCGCACGCGCGUCUGCACGAGAUGCUGGACGAGUUUCUAUUCCACAGGGCUCACGAGGAGAACCCCAAGGGUAUACACAAGGUAGUGCCCGUUGUGGGGGACAUGGAGCUGCCGGGACUCGGCAUCAGCGACCAGGACAGGAAGACCAUCACUAGCAAGGUAACGAUAAUAAUAAACGCAGCCGCCACGGUGAAGUUCGACGAGAAGCUGUCCAUCUCCACCGGCAUCAACGUGAGGGGCACCAGGGAGGUCAUCAGGCUGGCCAAGGAGUGCCGCAACCUGAAGGCCGUGACCCACGUCUCCACGGCGUUCUCUAACACGCACGUCGAUCAUAUUGAGGAGAAAUUCUACGAGCCGCCCAUGUCAGUGGAAGCUUUGGAAGCGGUGUCGGAAAUAAACGAAGAUGUGGUCAACGCUAUUCUUCCCUCAUUACUUGGCAAAAGACCGAAUACAUACUGCUUUACCAAGGCGAUAGCUGAGGAAGCAAUCAGGAAAUAUGCUGAGGGAAUGCCCGUCUGCAUACUCAGACCUUCAAUAGUUGUGUCCACUUACGAGGAGCCAGUCAGGGGGUGGACUGACAGCGUGUACGGGCCCACAGGCAUCGUCAUCGGGAUCGGGACUGGGGUACUGAGGACUAUGUACAUGGACCUGAAUAAGGUAGCGGACAUGGUGCCUGUGGACCUCACGGUGAACGCCAUCCUCGCCUCGGCGUGGUACACCGCCAAGAACUUCAAGGAGAACCAAACUUCGGACAUACCCAUCUACAACUUCGUAUCCGGCGCUCAGAACCCCAUCAAUUGGGGACAUUUCAUCGAGGUGAAUCGAAAAUAUGGAACAGACAAACCUACAACCAAAGCUGUGUGGUACUACGGCCUGAACCCGACCCGCUCGUACAGCCUGUUCCUCUUCUACAACUUCUUCCUCCACUACCUGCCCGCCUUGCUGGUGGACGGGUACUGUGCGCUGGUUGGAAAGCGGCGGGCAAUGCUUAAACUAUACUCAAAAGUGAUGAAAAUGGCACACAUACUAUUUUACUUCUCGACGCAAGACUGGAAGUUCAGCGACCAGGGUGUGCGGGAUAUGUGGGCCGCUCUAUCCGACGAAGACAAAGCGGUGUUCUUCUUCAGUCUGAAGGACAUGUCUUGGGAGAGGCUGUGUGAGACUUUCUUAGUUGGACUUCGAGUGUAUCUGAUCAAAGAUGACCUCUCAACGCUGCCUGAAGCCAGGAAGAAGUGGAACAGACUGUUCUACCUACACCAGUUUGUGAAGAUUCUAACACUAGGUUUAGUGCUAAACCUAGCUUAUUUCGUAAUUAAGUCAAUAUAUUCCAUAUUUUAUUAAAAAAACAUAAGUAGCUUUCGUGAAUCGUAAGUGAUCGUCGAGAAAAUAUGAAGCGAGUGAUGAACGCUG